AUGGACACAACGAGCAGCUCUUCACGCCCAACUAAAGCCACCGUUGCGCCCAAGAACCCCUCACUCUCUUGGAGCACGCGCUGGCGUGAUACUGCCUGGUUGUCUCUCGGGACCCACACUGUAGUCGUAGUCCUUGGAUUCGUGCUUUUAGCUCCUCUCCUCGCACCCCACUUCCCUGACACGCUCCACGAAAUCUUCGACAGGACCCAGCAUUGGCGCACCUCUUCACCAAGCGUCACCCUCCGGAACCCACUCGUCUUUCAGGAGCAGCAGAUUUGUCCGAAACCCAAGCAGCACGUCGAAUUCAAGGGCACCUUCAACACGCGACCCGAACGCAGCAUGGCACUCGCCGACCAGGCCAAGCAGGUUGCUGCCGAGUUUGACUUUAAGCAAGAUGCCGUCAACAAGGCUGUCAAGGAGUUCAUCAGGGAGAUGGAUGAGGGUCUUCAGUCGGAAGGCACCGAGCUGAGCCAGAUCCCGACAUACGUCACAGCGGUUCCCAAUGGCACAGAAAAGGUACCAUUGCACACGAGAGAUGGCCUCUACAUGGCUGUCGACCUCGGCGGCACCAACUUCCGCGUCUGCUCCAUUCAGCUACACGGCAACACUACCUUCUCCCUCACGCAAAGCAAGGUCGCAAUUCCCCGCGAGCUCAUGGUCGCGAAGACUUCGAAAGAGCUGUUCUCCUUCCUCGCGAAGCAGAUCGAAUUGUUCCUCAAGGCACAUCACGAGGAGCACUAUGUUGGAACUCUGAAGCGCCGGGAGCUCGGAGGAGGCGAGAUUGCGGAAGAGGAGAUCUUCAACUUGGGAUUCACCUUCUCGUUCCCCGUCAACCAGAUUGGCAUAAACAAGGGCAUGUUAAUGCGCUGGACCAAGGGCUUCGACAUCCAGGACGCGGUCGGCAAGGACGUCUGCGCUUUGCUCCAGACGGAGAUUGACGAGCUACACCUUCCAGUUAAGGUCGCUGCUCUGGUGAAUGACACUGUAGGAACUCUCAUGGCGCGCUCUUACACCUCGCCCGGCAAGACUGGAACACUGCUCGGUGCGAUCUUCGGUACCGGAACCAACGGUGCCUACGUGGAGAAGCUGGACAGGGUUACCAAGCUCACAAAGGACAAGAAUGCAGGAGACUACGAUAAGUCAACGGGCGAGAUGAUUGUCAACACCGAAUGGGGCUCGUUCGACAACUCUCUGCGCACGCUACCAAACACGCCAUACGACGUCGAAUUGGACAAGAAGUCUGUCAACCCCGGCAUUCAAAUGUUCGAGAAGCGCGUCUCGGGAAUGUUCUUGGGCGAGUUACUGCGACUGGCUCUUCUCAAACUGAUCAAGGACCCAGCAGUCCCUCUGUUUGCCGACGACAACUCAGCAUCCAACGAUGUCCACAGCACCACACAGAUCCACGACGGCAGCUCGAUAUGGAAGCAAUGGGGCAUCGACACCAGCUUCCUGAGCGUGUGCGCCGGCGACACCAGCCCUGGUUACCGCAUGCUUCGCCAGACCCUCGACAAGGAGUACGAAAUCUCCGCCGUGAGCGCAGAGGACGCCGAGGCAGUGCGCGAAAUUGCCGUCGCCAUUGGCCGCCGUGCAGCGCGUCUCUCUGCUGUUGCCAUCGGCGCCAUCGUCAUCAACACUGGCCGCCUCAGCAAGACUGCUGGCGCUGCCACCACAGAGCAAAAGUCAGGCAUCGCGCCGGCCCGUGGCGAAGUCGAGGUUGCAGACGAAGAUGUGAUUGACGUCGGUGUUGACGGAUCGCUUGUCGAGUUUUACCCCAACUUUGAAGAGCACAUCCGCGAUGCGCUGCGUGGUAUUCCGGAAAUUGGCGAGCAGGGCGAGAAGAGGAUUAGGAUUGGAAUCGCAAAGGAUGGGUCGGGUGUGGGUGCGGCGCUGAUUGCCCUGGUGGCUGGCAAGGUGGCGAGUCCUGCGUGA